GUCCCGAGAGGAUGGGGCAAGGGGGCAAGCGGAGGGGGAGACUGGGCCAGUCGCAUCCUUCCCUCUCCCCACGCGGGGCGCAGGACUGGGGCGGGGCGCUGCGGGGCACCCGGGACCUCCGAGACCCUGGGACGCAAACCCAGAGGCGGGCGAGCGCACCGAGCUCGCCACCCGCACGCAGAACCCCGGCCCCCAGUCGCCCCGGCGCCCGGGCAUGGACCUGUACCGCACCCCCGCCGCCGCGCUGGACGGCCUGGUGACCAGCAGCCUGCAGCCGACUGCGGAGUUCGUGGGGACGGCGCGGCGCGCUCUGGGGGCCCUGGGCGCGGUCCUGAGAGAGCGUGGGGGCCGCCCUGCUGCCGGGGGAGCUGCUGCCCCACCGUGGCGGGUACUUAAAAUCACCAAGGGAGGCUCCUUUGGCCGGGGCACAGCUCUGAGGGGUGGCUGUGAUUCCGAACUUGUCGUCUUCCUCAACUGCUUCCAGAGCUAUGAGGACCAGCGUGCUCGGCGCAGAGAGAUCCUCAGGGAGAUGAGGGUGCUGCUGGAAUCCUCACGGCAGAACCUGGUCCCUGGCUUGAGCCUUGAGUUUCUCCAGCAGGACACGCCUGGGGCCCUCCAGUUCCGACUGGCAUCCCCAGACCUGGACGACUGGAUGGACGUUAGCGUGGUGCCGGCCUUUGACGCUCUGGGGCAGCUCAGAUCCCACGUCAAACCCCAGCCCCAGGUCUACGCCACCCUCCUCAACAGCGGCUGCCAGGAGGGCGAGCACGCAGCCUGCUUUGCAGAGCUGCGGAGGAACUUCGUGAACACCCGCCCGGCCAAGCUGAAGAACCUGAUCCUGCUGGUGAAGCACUGGUACCGCCAGGUGCGCCCACAGAAGGGGAGCAGGAAGAUGCCCCCAGCGUAUGCCCUGGAGCUGCUGACCAUCUUCGCCUGGGAGAAGGGCUGUGGGAAGGAUGCCUUCAGCCUGGCCCAAGGCCUCCAGACGGUCCUGGGCCUGAUCCAGCAGUAUCGGCACCUGUGUGUUUUCUGGACCACCAACUACGGCUUCGAGGACCCUGCCGUUAAGGAGUUCUUGCUUCGCCAGCUUCAGAGACCCAGGCCUGUGAUCCUGGACCCGGCCGACCCGACGUGGGACGUGGGGGAUGGGGCAGCCUGGGCCUGGGAUCUGCUGGCGCGAGAGGCCGAGUCCUGCUGUGACCGCUGGUGUUUUCUGCAGGCUGCAGGGGGCGCUGUGAAGCCCUGGGAGGUGCCAGGCCUUCCGCGUCCUGGGUGCUCAGAUUUGGACUUCCACAUCCUGCGAGACCCCGCCCAGAAGACCUCCAAGGACAGCAGUGGCCUCGGCCUUGGCGCUGUCUGCCCAGGGGCAGGGAACCAGCGGCCCUUCUGCCCAGCCCCCGUCUUCUCCGCCGUGGCCAGCAUCGCCCCCUCUGCACCGGAUCUGUCCCAGAUCCCCAGCAGGGAGCUGGACUGCUUCAUCCAGGACCACCUCAAGCCACACACCCUGUUCCAGAAGCAGGCGAGCAAGGCCAUCGAUGUCAUCCUGGGCUGCCUCCGUGAAAAGUGUGUCCACAAGGUCUCCAGGGUCAGCAAGGGGGGCUCAUUCGGCAGGGGCACAGACCUCAGGGGUGGCUGCGACGCCGAACUUGUCAUCUUCCUCACCUGCUUCAAGAACUACCAGGACCAGGGUCCCCGCCUCGCAGAGAUUCUUGACGAUAUGCGGGCACAGCUGGAAUCCUGGUGGCAGGACCCGGUCCCCGGCCUGACCCUCAGCUUCCCAGAGCAGACCGUGGCCGAGGCUCUGCAGUUCCAGCUCGUGUCCUCGGCCCUAGAGAGCUGGAUGGAUGUCAGCCUGCUGCCCGUCUUUGAUGCCGUGGGGCAGCUCAGCUCUGGCACCAAACCUGACCCCCAGGUCUACUGCACCCUUCUGGACAGCGGCUGCCAGGAGGGUGAGCACGCAGCCUGCUUCGCAGAGCUGCGGAGGAACUUCGUGAACACCCGCCCGGCCAAGCUGAAGAACCUGAUCCUGCUGGUGAAGCACUGGUACCGCCAGGUUGCCGCCCAGAACAGAGGAGAACGGCCAGCCUGUGCCCCCCUGCCCCCAGCCUACGCCCUGGAGCUCCUGACCAUCUUCGCCUGGGAGCAGGGCAGCAGGGAGCACCGAUUCCACAUGGCCGAAGGCCUGAGGACCGUCCUGGGGCUUGUCCAGCAGCACCAGCAACUCCGUGUCUUCUGGACAGUCAACUACAGCUUUGAGGACCCAGCGCUCAGAAGGCACCUCCUGGGCCAGCUUCAGAAACCCAGGCCCCUGAUCCUGGACCCUGCCGACCCCACCUGGAAUGUGGGCCGGGGCAGCUGGGAGCUGCUGGCCCAGGAAGCGGCCGCCCUGGAGAAGCAGGCCUGCCUCAUGAGUAGAGACGGGGCACCUGUGCAGCCCUGGGAUGUGAUGCCCGCUCUCCUUCUCCAGACUCCAGCCAGGGACCUCGACAGGUUCAUCAGUGACUUUCUCCAGCCCGACCGCCAGUUCCUGGGUCAAGUGCACAAGGCUGUUGAUACCAUCUGCUCAUUCCUGAGGGAAAACUGCUUCCAGAAUCGUCCCAUCAAAGUGCUCAAGGUGGUCAAGGGCGGCUCUUCGGCCAAAGGAACCGCGCUGCAAGGCCACUCCGAUGCCGACCUGGUGGUGUUCCUCAGCUGCUUCCACCAGUUCACCGAUCAGGGGAGCAGGCGGGCCGAGGUCGUGUCAGAGAUCCGAGCCCAGCUGGAGAGGUGCAAGCAGGAACAGCAGUUUGAAGUGCAGUUCGAGAUCUCCAGGUGGGAGAAUCCCCGCGUGCUGAGCUUCUCGCUGGCGUCGCAGACGAUGCCGGACCAGAGUGUGGACUUUGACGUGCUGCCGGCCUUUGACGCCCUAGGCCAGCUGGGCUCCGGCCGCAGGCCCCACCCUCGCGUCUACGUGGACCUCAUCCGCAGCUGCAGCAACGCGGGCGAGUACUCCUGCUGCUUCACGGAGCUGCAGCGGGACUUCAUCGUCUCCCGCCCCACCAAGCUGAAGAGCCUGAUCCGACUGGUGAAGCACUGGUACCGCCAGUGCACCAAGAAGCCCAAGGGGAAAGGCUCUCUGCCCCCCCAGCACGGGCUGGAGCUCCUGGCAGUGUAUGCCUGGGAGCAGGGUGGGCAGGACCCCCGGUUCAACAUGGCCGAGGGCUUUCGCACUGUCCUGGAGCUGGUCACCCAGUACCGCCAGCUCUGCGUCUACUGGACCGUCAACUACGACUAUGAGGACAAGACCAUCGGAGACUUCCUGAGGAUGCAGCUUCAGAAGGCUAGGCCCAUCAUCCUGGAUCCGGCUGACCCGACGGGCAUCCUGGGUCACAGUGCGCGCUGGGACCUGCUGGCGGAGGAAGCUGCCGCCUACAUAUCCGCCCCGUGCUGCAUGGACAGAGACGGUACCCCCAUCCUGCCGUGGCCAGUGAAGGCUGCUGUGUGAAGGCCAGAAAAUCAGUGGUCGUACCUGAUGGACAGAUGGAUGCCAGCCCUCGGUGUGGGAAGACUCAGGGUCACCUGCCAGAUGUGUGUGUGUGUGUGUGUGUGAGAGAGAGAGAGAGAGAGAGAGAGAGAGAGAGAAGGAGAGAGACUUGGUGACUUCACUCUCCUCCUCAGUGCAGCCUCCCAGCUGAUGACCCUGCCCCCCCAGCUUGGAGCUCUCCUCCUGGCAGCCCACUCUGCUUACCCAGCCCCGUUGAGUCUCCCCUCGUAUCCGAUGGGCACUACAUGUCUCAAACACUCCCCUGCCCUGGCGGCCUACACGGGGGAGUCCAGACUCCAUGGGUGGGCGCCAGCCUGGGUUUCCAGCUUCUCCUCCACGCUCAUGACUCCCUCUCUGCUCCCAGCUGCAUCCCGCCCCUGCCGAGAAUGCCCUCCUCCUCCCUGACUUGUCUCUGCCCGCCCGCUCCAGCUCACAUCCUUCCUCCUACUGAAACCCAUCGCUGGCUCCCGGUGGCUGCCCCUUCUUCCCCAGUCUACGAACUUUUCAGAGAUUGUAGACCUUUUAUCUGUGUGUCAGCCACACGCAGCUGGUCGUGGCUGCCUGAAGCCCUAGGUUUUGAAGGAUCGUGAAGAAUGGAUACCUAGCUGCGAAGUGACCUAAUCAACUAGUGAUGUCUGCCACCCAUGCUAUAGAGGAAAACAAUGGCACGAGUGCCGUGAUCGAUUAGCUAUGUCUGGCCCGGAUACAGAAAGAAGUGCCGAAAGAUCUACGUUGUAUGUCUGGCCCAUUGAGAAGCUCUCUGAGCUCAGCUGCCAGAGGGACAGCGUGCCCGGAUCAGCUACUUUUGCCUGCCGCAGACAGAGACAGAGAGGAUGGGGACCUGCAUAUCAUGCAGUCCCUCUCCUUGAACAUUUCACUGGAUGCCUUUUCAUUGGAGGCUUCCUUUUGUUCACCUUUCCCAUUUCCCUCACCCCGCCCACCCAGUUUGUGCACCUUAAUGCCAUGCCCUACGUGCCCUCCUGGAUUUUCACUGAGUUCCUGUCGUGCCUCCUGAACAGCUAUGGUGCCACCAGUGGGAUCCUCCACCCCCAGAGCCUCAACGGGAGUCAGUGCCCCCGUGACAGUGCCCAGCCAGCUUCCCUCCGCCCUCCCUCGCAAACCCACCGGGUCUGUGCAGGAGGCACCCCCGACCUCCAGCCCAAUGACAGGGUCCCUCUUAGUGAAGGAUCGGCACGGAGAGCAGAAAGCACUCUGGGAACCGGGUGUCCAAAGGGAUUCCGUCUAAACCCCCAGGUGGGCGGAAGGAGGGUGGAGCCACCACAGCACCGGAAUUUCCAAUGUUAGACCAGGGUGGUCAGGAGGCUGCUGCUGCCAAGGCCACUGCAGCCGCCCCUGCUGCCUCACAUCCACCAAGCUGGGGCCCAGACCCGGGAACGUGGACCCCAGCAGCCACCGGCAUCUCUCAGGACUUGGCCGCCACCAGGGCUGCAGGAGGGCAGCUCCCGCAUGUCUCCUCCGAAACAAUCUAAAUUACAACAAGAACUCUGGCUGCAAGGGCAUCUAAAAAGUGAUGUCUCGCCUCCCACCCCAAGGAGGCAUGGAUGCCCAGGGCCAAGGGCGGCGUCCGUAACAGCAUCCCUGGCAUAGGCGCUGUGAACGGCUGUUGGGUGGGCGAGGGUGUGGUUGCCCCCAGCGGGCAGGACAGGGAGGCAGAGAGGAAGCAGCCCUGUUCUUAGGGGUUACGGAUGCACGUAUUUAAGAGUAAAGGGGCCUGGAUAAUUACUGUGUGUCACAGGUUCAUGAAACCGAUGUAGGCUCAUCGGUUGUAACCAGUGUCCCACUGAGUGGGGACAGGGAGUACACAGGACAUCCCUGGGCCAUCAGCCCAAUUUGGUUGUGAACCUAGAACUGCUUGAAAAAAAAAGUAUUUUUAAAAAAGAAUAAAGGGGCAUAAUGUCUGCAA